GACAAUCUCGCGACUCGCGAGUGUCCUGUCCGCUUCGUGAGGAACGUUUGAGGUUUUAGGACUGCUCAAGGAUCGUUGCAACGUUAGUUCUCUUCGUAUAUACUGUUUUUCGCGAAAAUAAACUGUACAUCGCCUUGUCGGUGAUAACGAUGACAUAUCUGAACUCUUGGGAAGAAUUCGAGAGAGGCGCCGAGAGGUUAUAUCUUCAGGACCCGAUGAACACUCGAUAUACAAUGAAGUAUUGCCACAGUAAAGGAGUUUUGUGUUUAAAAUUAACAGAUAAUCGACGGUGCCUCCAAUAUAAAACAGAAAUAGCACAGGACUUGAAGAAAAUGGAAAAAUUCAUAGGCAAUCUCAUGAGACAUAUGGCAUCAAAAGAUAGUUAAAUAAGUUAAAUUUAAGAUUUGUAUGUAGGAAUACGUUCAUGGAGACUAAAUCAUACUGUUUUUAUUCAACAACAUCUCGCCUCAUAUAAUCCAACGAUCCACAAAUAUCAAUAUUUAAUCAAGGUAUGAACGUUAUCUUACAUGUACAAGUGCAUAUAAAAUUGUUUCGUUUUGUAUUAAAGUUUUACAAUUAUUUCGGGCGGCUCCGCUGCCUCCUCGUUAAAGUUCUGAAACAAUCAAAUUUUAUCAUGUAAAUUAAAUCGAGCGAUACUAUCAAGGUAAUAUAGUGAGAACUUUUUCAAUAUUAUAUAAUGUAUCAACUUUUUUUAUAUCUAUUCAAAAGUAUAAAUUUAAGUGUUGCACAAUGUAUUAGAUAUUAAUAAAGCCAGGUACAAAUCAAAUUGAGAA